AUGACAACAAAUCCUCACGACCAUAUAGCCACCCACCUCCUGACCACAAAAUCCCUCCCCGUCUCCCCCACCUGGCUCACCACCUUCCUCUCCUCAACAUCAACCUCACGCACCAUCCCCCUCAGCGCCCUUACCCAAACCGCCCUCUUCCGCAUCCUCACCUCCGACAUCCGCGACUCCCUCAGCACCAGCAGCCCCUCAACCCUCCUCCCAACCGACAUCUUCAACCCCACCAUCCAAGAACGCCGUCUCAAUGGCCCCAUCCCACUCCAAGUCCUCGACAUCGAAGACAUCGGCACAAGCCUCUGGAGCCAAGUGGAGGCUAUUGAGCGCGUGGAAAGGGGGGAGGCGAUCCGGGGGAGGGAAAUCGUGAGGACGGUUAAUGUGGGGGAGGAUAGUGAGGCUGCGGACAACAAUAAUGCAGCUGGUGGGGGUGAGAGUAAUGGUCCGCAUCGGUUGAUUCUGCAGGAUGCGGCGGGGACGAGGGCCGUUGGGUUGGAGUUUGCGAGGGUCAGUGGGAUUGGGUUGGGGAAGUUGGCUAUUGGGGCGAAGGUCGUCGUAAAGGAUGUUACGGUUGCGAGAGGGAUGGUGAUGCUUACGCCGGAGUCGUGUGUGGUCUUGGGAGGGAAGAUUGAGGGGUUGGAUAUACAGUGGAGGGAGGGGAGGAAGAAGAGGUUGUUGGAGAGGAUUAAUGGGGAGAAUGAGGGGUCUUAG